GCUUACGACAGCUCUUGUAAAUAAUGCUGAUAGCUUCCGGUUCAAAAGAGCAAACUGUAAUUAAAAUUACAAAAUACUAUAAUGGCCUGAAUCUCCAUUAGUAUUCAGUCGUACGAAUCGCUGUAAUCGAACCGAAAGUUAAAUGUUUGAUUUAAUGCUGAUAUGUCGCUGACGAUCACUUACGUCACACAUUGGCUCAUUCAACAAUUUACCUUGCUGCAAUAAAUUUAACGCCGAAACGAACAAUAAAAUAUUUCUUGUUCGAACUCUGCUCGGUGUGUAGUUAUUGUUGAAAUCAAUAUGCACGUAUAGUACGUAUACCAUCAUUAAUUCGAAAUUAUUCGACAUAUUUCCCGAAAAUUCCGUUUUCUUCUUUUUAUCAUUACCGUGAUCGUUAAUUUCACUAAAUUUUGUUUUUGCUAAAAGCGGCCUAUAAGCAUCUCCGAGCGAGUAUAUUUAUAAUUUGUACACAGAGUAUUCGAAAACUGUCUUAAUUGGGUCCCAAGUUUCUUUUAAUUAAUUUAUUUUUGUAAAUUGAGUUUUCAUGCGUGUACCCGGCAUAUCGUUUCUACCUUUAUAACGCAACAAGAAUUCAAAAUUUUACAAAAUGUAAUCAGUAUGACAAACGUGUGAAACAAUUACAACUUUGUCGUGAUUUCAUGAAUUUUGAUGUCGCAUUACUUCGUAGAGAAAAAAGAGAAAGGGAGGGAGAGAGAGAGAGAGAGAGAGAGAAAGAGAGAGAGGGCGAUAUUACGUAGCGUAUUUAAUUAACGUCUUUUAUAAACGGCUGCACGUUCCGCAAUGUCACGCUCGCGAGCAAGUGGGGAAAAUCAGCGAUUCUAUGUUGACGAUAUUCUUUCGAGUGCAUAUUUUACUGCUCAUUCGACUGGAACAUCGGCCUCGACUUGUACGCGUAUUAUCACCGCAGGUGGUCUUUCCACUUUUCCUCUGGUCAACGAAAUCUUCACUGUGCCAUUCGCAGCGUGAACUUGUUCGAGUCAAAAAAAGAAAGGAGGAUACGGACCGGUAAUCUACCCCGCGAUCCGGCAAGCGAUCGUACUCACCGGUAUAUUAUUCGAGCGUUGAGAUUCGUCGUCAAAAUUUCCGAUACUAGCUGCGCUGCGAUUGAGUGGACACAAUGACAUCGGAGACACUUACAAAUGACGAUAUAAUUCGAAUGGUCAAAAAUCACGAAAUAAGAAAACUACUCCAAGAGCGAUUAAAAUCCGCACCGAUAGUCAUGUUAGAUAAGCAUCAGAUCAAUUUUGACGCAGAAGACGUCGACGAGUUCUACCGGCAGAAGGCCAAGGAGGAACUACGAGAAACGCCGGAAAUAGUUGCUCAGGGUUUCAAGGAGUUGAAGGAAUUGCUCGCAGAAGAACCUGAUAUAAAUUUCCUCGACUCUGAGGAGAUCUUUAUCAUAUUUUUACGGACGUGCAAGUGGUAUGCGCAAAGCGCUUUCUCGCUCAUGAAACGGUUCAUACGCUUCAACCAAAAUUAUCCCAAUGUAUAUAAAAAUCUGAAGCCCAGCAUAGAAAAGACGGCGCUUUGCGCCGGUUUAAUAUUUCCGUUACCGCUUCGUGGCACAGACGGAUGUAGGAUCUUUAUAAUAGAAUUAGGAAAACGUUGGAAACCGAAAGAGGUGUCGCUGGAGCAAAUAUUUAAAGGUCUGAUUCUUUGCACACACGCGGCGAUGAUGGAACCAAAAACGCAGAUCACUGGUGGACGUGUCAUUCUUGAUUUUGAGGGUCUUUCUCUGAGCCAAGUGACAUAUUUUACUCCCAGUUUUGCCAAAAUGGUGGCCGAUUUUGUACAGAAAGCAUUUCCCCUCCGUCUCAAAUCUAUUCAUGUUGUGAAUCAGUCGUUUUUGUUUAAUAUGAUAUUCGCAUUAUUUAAACCGCUCUUAGAGGAAAAGUUUCGCAAACGGAUACACUUUCAUGGAACAAAUUGGGGAUCCUUAGCGACUUUCAUAAAUAAAAGCGUGUUACUUAAAAAAUAUGGCGGCGAAUUGGAUUUAAUCGAUUAUUCGUUCUGCACGAACCUCUGGCAAAUUUUCUGCUUCUUCGAUCCGAUAUUCGAAGUUUUCGAGGAAAUAACCUCGUUACCUAAAAAUUGACUGCUGUCUGCAAUCAUCACGUUUUAAUUCUCGUUGUGUUCAUCAUCAACGGCCUGACGCACAAAGGAGCAGAAAAAGAAGGAAAAAAUCAAGUGCUGGAAUCAUCUUAAUAUUUGAUCUACUAAAAGGACGCAUCCGAUUCGCAAUUAUCACAAUCGUAAGCUUGAAAUUUGGAAUUUUUUCGCCAGAAAACAAUGAAUU